AUGCUACCCUCACAUAAAACUAGAGUUUUAUGGUCAAGAUUGUUCGAUACCGAAGAAAAUGCCCUCAAAAUGGCUCAGGAACACAAUAAUUACAUUUACGUUCCACCCUACAAUGACGUGCAUGUUAUUGCUGGACAGGUGACCGUCGGUUUGGAGAUUCUGGAACAAUCAUCACGACAAGCUGCAAUGAUCGACGUGGCUUUUGUCUGCAUUGGAGGAGGUGGACUCAUUAGUGGAGUAGCCGCCUACUUGAAGGCAAAACGUCCCGGAGUCAAAUUUAGGGAUGUCAACUCGAGGGUCCCUGUCCUCAUGUUCAAAGGGUAA